AGAUAUCUCUAAAUGAAUUAAAGAUAUCUUAAAUUAUUCACCGUUUCCAUUUAAGAUAUCUUAAAUUGACAUUCUGACUAGUCAGAAUGACAUUAUUGAUAUCUUGAAUUAGUAUUCUGUCUAGUCAAAACGUCAUAAAUUUACGUAGCAUUUUGGCGGACAGUGUGUAAGACAUUCUAGCCUUAGGCUACUUGGUUGUACUAUUCAUUUGUCAGCAAUGUCAGGUCAGUCCAGCUCAAAUACUCGUGUUUUUAACACAAUAUUCAGCGCUGCAGCUCGUGCUCGACAUGAAUUAAGAAAUACCGAUACUUUAUUCUCUGCAACAAGAAGACUUUUUCGACGUCAAGUGCAGCGAAGUCAAGGGUCAGCUGGGAGGCGGCCAAGCCCUGUGUGGAAGACAAAUAUUUUCUUGCUUUCUGGCCCUAAUAUUGACAUUCUCCCUUCUCCCUCGGAUGUACAAAGACUGAAGAACCAUGGAUUAGGCAACCCUGUGCAUGAGGGGACAGGAACCACGAGCUCCAAAAUUAACCUGAAUUGGAGCUUGUCUGAACUGAAUAACUUUGUGUGUCAAAGUUACCCAAACAUCAGCCUAAAUCUGGUUGGCUUUGAGUUGGCAAGAGCUGGAAAAGGACGAAAGUUAAAAAAAUUACAAGUGAAUUCUGUGAGGGAGCUGAAGGAAAAGGUUGGCAAAAGCAGACUCUACAUUCUACCACGAGCAGAUGUGUCACAGGAAACCUACUCAACCUCAGCAAUGUCCAGGAGUUUGUUUCCAGAACCCUCAACUGCACCAGAAGUACAGGAUAUCUCUCCAGAGGCUGAGAGCACCAACAGCCAACAUUUAGGGGUAGAACAGACACUUCUAGAUUGGCAAUCUCUGCGGUCCCAGCAAGACAAAGAGUACGAGGAGUCUUUGUUAGCAGACCAAGAAAAUGAAAGGAGAAGACAGUGUUACAAGGCCUGGGAGGAAAGACGCAUAAAAGCAAUUGAAGAACGCCAGCAACGACUUGCACAAUAUAAAGAACCGUCAAGUGGACUGCUGUUGAAGUUCAAAUAUCCGAAUGGAUUUAUCAGAAAGAGAACUUUCAAUGUGUCUGACCCAAUUCAGGUCUUGUUUGACUUUGUUGGACAAGAUGAAAUGGCAAGUGAAAUAUUCAGUGUUCAACAAGCAACAUCAUCCACACCAAUAGAGAGUACCUCGUCAGGCUCACUUAUGGAUCAUAACAACAUCUGCCACUCUGGACGUGGAUUUCAACUCUAGAUAUUCAGGAAAGGUGUCCAGUUCAGGCGAAUGGGGUCCUGGAGCAGUCACUGUCUUCUGUCCUAAGCCUACAGACAUUGCUUUCUGACCAAGCACUGACAUCUUUGUCAGCCCAGGCACCACUGGCCCCAACAUCUCCUCAAGUGCUGUCGACAAUGCCCGAUUCCUCACAAACAUCAACUUGGUUCUCCUCCCGGGUGCCUGUGUCCCAGCCCUCCACUCAAGUACAGCCAGUUUUGCCGUCUUCUGAAGUUUCUUUGGUUGCAGCCUCAGGGCAGCCCCUUUCCCCCCACUAUAUCCUAACUCCACAUGUGAUGACCAUUGAGGAACAGGCACCAGCUUCUCCAUUUACUGAGCAACCUAUAAUUAUACUGGAAGACCAAGAAGAGCCACCUGAGUCUCCACAACGUCCACCAGAGUUGCCUUUGGAUGAAAGGAGAAUGCAGUCCCGUUACCCUUGAAAUGAUACUGGAGUUCGCUUCCGGAGCAUCCACGGUGCCUCCACUGGGCUUUCCCCAUCGUCCUCAAAUUGAAUUUCUCCAUGAGGCUAACAAAGUCUUCCCAGAAGCAAAUACUUGCCUUAUAAUGCUCCGCCUUC